CUGUCCAGUAGGGGGCGGUAACUCAUUUCCAAGCCUCAUUUCCAGCCAUUGCUAGCAGCAGCUGCAGCAGCAUCAACUUCCAUAGCAGAUCAUCAUCAUCAUCAUGGUCCAGUUAGUGGGCUCCCUCCGUAAAGAGCUGGCGGACUCCCUGUCCACCUGUAAGGUUCUGGUGGUGGGAGCAGGAGGGAUCGGCUGCGAGCUCCUGAAGAACCUGGUCCUCAGCGGCUUUAAAAACAUCGAAGUGAUUGACUUGGACACGAUCGAUGUGAGCAACCUGAACCGUCAGUUCCUCUUUCAGAAGAAACAUGUUGGCAAAUCCAAAGCACAGGUGGCCAAGGAGAGCUCCCUGCAGUUCUGCCCCAGUGCAAACAUCACAGCCUACCACGACAGCAUCAUGAACCCUGAUUACAACGUGGAGUUCUUUAGAAAUUUCAUGCUGGUGAUGAACGCUCUGGAUAACAGAGCUGCUCGGAACCAUGUGAACAGGAUGUGUUUGGCUGCCGAUAUUCCUCUGAUUGAGAGCGGCACUGCCGGGUACCUGGGACAAGUCACUGUCAUCAAAAAGGGAAUGACUGAAUGCUAUGAGUGUCAACCAAAACCCACCCAGAAGACCUUCCCAGGAUGCACCAUAAGAAACACACCAUCCGAGCCCAUUCACUGCAUCGUCUGGGCCAAGUAUCUCUUCAACCAGCUGUUUGGAGAAGAAGAUGCAGAUCAAGAAGUGUCACCGGACACGGCAGACCCAGAAGCUGCAUGGAAUCCUGAAGAGACGGCAGCUCGAGCCACCGCCUCUGAAAAGGACGGAGACAUCAAACGAGUUUCCACCAAAGAAUGGGCCAAAUCAACCGGAUAUGACGCAGUCAAAGUCUUCAACAAGCUUUUCAAAGACGACAUCAUGUACCUGCUGACCAUGGACAAGCUGUGGAAGAAGAGGAAAGCCCCGACGCCUCUGGACUGGCAGCAGCUGGAGAACAGUGUGCGUCCUCUGGAAGAGACUCCAGCUUCGGGCUUGAAGGACCAGAAGGUUCUGGGUGUUUGGGGUUACUGCCAGAUGUUCCGACAAAGCGUGGAAACUCUCUGCUCACAGCUGCAGGAGAAAGGCGAGGGUGCCGAGCUCGUCUGGGACAAGGACGACCCUCCAGCCAUGGACUUCGUCACGGCAGCAGCAAACCUUCGUAUGCACAUCUUCAGCAUGAACAUGAAGAGCCGUUUCGAUGUGAAGUCGAUGGCAGGAAACAUCAUUCCGGCUAUCGCCACGACCAACGCCGUUAUCGCAGGACUCAUCGUGUUGGAGGGGCUGAAGAUCCUGUCUGGAGAGCUGGAAUCCUGUCGUACGAUCUUCCUGAAUAAGUGUCCUAACCUCAGGAAGAAGCUGCUGGUGCCGUGCAUCUUGGACCCCCCUAGUUCGAACUGCUACGUUUGUGCCAGCAAACCUGAAGUCACGGUCAAACUAAACGUCCACAAAACAACGGUUCUCUGUCUGCAGGACCGGAUCCUGAAGGAGAGGUUUGGGAUGGUCGCUCCAGAUGUUCAGAUCGAGGACGGGAAAGGAACCAUCCUCAUCUCAUCAGAAGAAGGAGAGACAGAGGCCAACAACCCCAAAUUUCUCUCUGACUUUGGGAUCCGUAACGGCAGCCGUCUCCAGUCUGACGAUUUCCUCCAGGACUACACGCUCCUCGUUAACGUCCUGCACACUGAGGAGCUCGAGCGGGACGUGGAGUUCGAGGUUGUGGGCGAGGCUCCGGACAAGGCUCCGCCCCCUCAGAGUAACCAAGAAGAAGUGAAAAGUAUCACGAACGGUAACAAAGACUCCGCCCAGCCGUCCACGUCCUCUAAAGUCUCAGCUGCAGCUGAGGAUGAUGACGUCAUGAUAGUCGAUUCUGAUGAUGAGGAAUUAGUGUCGUCCAGCUCUGCAGCAACUGCAGCCACCAAGAGGAAGCACCCAGACUCUGAGCCCGGUGAGACCUCCACAAAGCGUCCACGGACGGACCAAUCGGGUGCAAACGAUGAUGAUGACAUCAUUGCUCUGGACUGACGACCAACCGGGUCUGAACUUUGUAUAAAUUCUUGUCUUUUGACUCCAAACGGACAGCAGGAUGAAAUAAAACAGCUGUUUAAUGAAGAACCAGUUCCUCCACACUUCAUCUUUUGGCACUUUUUUUUUGUGCUUUCGUGCUCAUUGUCUGACGACACAGUGCUGUAAAUAAAUUCUGCUUUUUAGUAAAAAA